AUGUACCAGGCUGCCGACAGCCCAGUUCACCACAUCUGGGGCAUUGCAAUCUUCGGAUUUGGCCUACUCUUUUGCUUCGGGUCCUCCACCUUGUACCAUUCCCUGUUCAUGUACCCGGUUACUGCGCGGGUCCUGCAGGUGCUGGACCAUGCUGCAAUUUAUUUUCUCAUCGCUGCAACGUACACGCCAUUCCUGCUCUUCUACUCGGACACACCAAUGCAUGGUGACCUGCUCAAAGCAGAGUGGAUCCUAUGCUGGCUGGGCAUCGUGACGCACAUCUGCUCUCAGUAUUUUGACUGGGGUACAUCUGUUCCCUACCUCACCGGCGAGCUGCUGCUGUACCUGGCCAUGGGCUGGGCGGCCGUGUUGGCCUGGGAUACUUUCAUGGCCCAGCUUCCUCAAGCUUGCUGGUCUUGGCUCAUGGCCGGUGG